AUGUACCGGUACCUCUGCCAGCUUUCCAACCAUCUCAACAGCAUCGGUCCUACCCUGCCACUGAAUCACCCGUCAUCUCACAUCUCACUGACUGACGGCGCGUCACACGCGCCGAUCCGGCCAACUCAUUGUGUUCAUCACGUAGUUACAGCGGAUACCGGAAAGCAGCAAAUAUCAUUUCCGCGUCUCCCUUUCUCCCACCGCUCAUUGGCCAAUCCCUGCAUCGCAAACCGCGCAUCCACACCUUUGCCCACGAUGCUUCGCACAACCUUUGCCAAGACGGCCGCUCUCCGUCCCAUCCGCGCCGCUGCCUUUUCCACCACUGCCCGCGCCAUGGCCGAGGGUGACACCGGUGCCCCCCCUCGUACUGGCGGCCAAGGUUCGAUACCAAUCAGUCUGGGCCUCGCCUAUACUGACAAACGCAGUGACGCCUUCCAGCGCCGCGAGCGCGCCUCCGAGGACUACGCCAUCCGCCAGCGCGAGAAGGAGAAGCUUCUCGAGCUCAAGCAGAGACUUGCCGAGCAGCAGGAGCACCUCCAGCGCCUGUCCGAGCACAUCGACGAGAUUACCAAAGACCAGGGUGGCGAGAAGAACUAA